UUCGAAAUAUACGGCUAUGCAUUACGACCGUGUUUUGUUUACCUCUCCAACUCAUUAUUUCUAAACGGUGCUUUAAGUUCGCUGAUUUCUGGGGGUAUGAAAUAAUGUUGUCACAAUCUCUUUUGACAGUCGAUUUUUUUUUCGAGCCAUAUGUCAUAUAUUUCUCACUGUUAAUACAUCAGUUUAUCUAUAGAUUUCACCAGAUAACCUAUAUUACUCCACUGUCGGUUCCUCAAUCUUCAUUUCUUUUUCGAACUCAUAUUUGUCUUUUUUUCUUAGUGUGAUCGUCCUAGUCACCCUCGAAAUUAGAAAACGCGAGGAACAAAAGCAGUUUUUCGGCUGUGGAGUUAUUUUUUAUCACACGUUUAUAGCAUCAGAGCUUAUUCUGUGUCAGGAAUUACUAGAUGAUCACAAAGUUGGGUGUGUUGUUUAAAUUUUUGGGCUAUAUCUUAUGAAGGAAACUGAUUACUACUGGUGAGAAAACCUCUGGACAGGUUAAAUGGACAUACAUUUCUCUUUAUUAUCCGUUAAUAGUCGUACAUUUAUCGAAGUGUAGUGUACUUGACAAACCUACAAAAGUCUGAAAUUCACUAAGCUUGUUCUUAGUGAUAGUUUCCGUGCCAUAAGUUCAAGAUAGUCGCGAAAAUAAAUCAGUAAACUAGGUGAAAAAUAAUUACUUAUCUCACAGAAAGUAGAAAUAUGUUCUAUUCAUCACUGCUUAGUGAGUUUUUACUCUCGUGAUAAGGUUUAGUCUGUUUUAUGGAUACUUUUAUUUUCUGUGAUAACUUCAUCCCUUUAGUGAUAUUUCCUGUUGUCAUCACUGACCACCCAGUUAUUUUGGUACUUCUUUCCUUUUUAAUUUUGGGGUUGGGAUUUGUUCAUUGUUUGCUCGUUAUAUACUUUAGGUACUAAGUGAGAGGGUCACACGAUUGAAUAACUACAUGAUAAUUCGAGGGCAACAGAAUCUCUUUAAGUAUACAUUCGAGACAUUAGAAAAAUGGUCGAUUUGAAAGUUAUUUUAUGCAUAUUUUUUUCUCUCAGAUGGUUCAGUCAAUAAGUUUUCACUACCUCCCAUAGAUUAAAUCUUUACUGAAAAUGUUUAGAAGAACAACGUAGGAAUCUCAGUUAAUAUUCGUUAGGUGAUAUCUGCGGGAUCAUAAAAACAAGUUCAUAAUAUUAUUCGGUAUUCAGAUAUUAGGUUGGGUUUGCCUUUCCGUCACACCGUUUAUAGCAAACAAAACUACCGAAGUUAAUCAGUAAUGUUGGACACAUAUGUGUUUAACGUUAUGUAGCUUCUAUAAAUACAUCGUUUUAUGAAACGAUUAAGUGAAAUGUUUAUUGGUUCAUCGUUCACGUACUAUUAUAAAAUAAUAUUGAAAACAACCACUCAAGAGUCUUUGUCUAUCUCUGCAUUAUGUUGGAUUCUUCUUUCAGGUCUGAACAAUGAUGGCAGAUCAUACAUCACAGAUCAAAUCACCUGUAGACAUUAAGUAUAAUUCAGACAUGGAUAAUCCGGACAAUAUAGAUAACAAUAAAGAUGGUACAAUACGAAGUCUUGAAGAAAAACUUAAAUUGUUAGAUGAAGAAAAGUUAGAUCUUGAAAAUCAAAUUUAUGCAGCAGAGAAAAAAUAUCAUGAACAAUUGGAUUCAUAUUUAGCGCGUUAUAUUAAUGCAGACUUCAGUUUAGCUCAAAUGGAAUAUAUAUUGCCUGCUAAAAGAGCGAAAUUUAGUAAAAUACACGCAUCAACAGCAUCUGGUUAUUCAUCAAAUUCUAUUGGUAUUGAUGCCAAUUCAUUAAUCACAUUGAAACAUUUCUUUGAACCUUCAAUGAAUCUUGUUUAUAAAAAAUUACAUGAAAUAACCAAAGAAGCACAAAAUAAAUAUCGACAAAGUAAUGAUGAUAUGUUAGCAUGGAGAUUUUCACCAGAAAGUUCAAUAGGAAAAUCAUUAAUGUCACGUAUUAGACAAUUGUUAAACGCUAAUGAAGAACUAGGUCGAGUCAAUCAAACUGAUCGUGUAGCUAGAUUAGAAUCAGAAGCUGAAUUACAAACAACAUGUAUGAAAGAAUUUAUCAAAACUAAUGAAGAUAUUGAAGGUGUACUAGAAGAAGCCUAUACGGAUUUAGAAGGUCUUCAAAGUAGUUUGUUAAUCUUACAACAACAAAUAAAUCAAACUGAAUCAGUUGUUGAAACUUUACAGAAUGAACUAGAAUCACGUCAACCUGGUAUAGUCGCUGAACUGAUGACUGCAAUGCUGUCAAAGUUAGGUAGCGAAACAGAAACCGAAGCUGGUAAUGAUGAUGUUGAUAAUGAUAAUUGUAAAUCAACACCUGAUAUGCAUGGUAAUCAAUCUGAACAGGAUGAUAUGCAAAGUAACACUGAUAAUGUUAAACUAAAUGAAACAUGUAAAGAGGAAAAGUAA